AUGCCGAGGAAUUGGGAUUGGUGGGAAAGGGUGGGAAAGAGGAAGAGGGAAGGAAUUGGUGGUGGUGGUUGUACCAAAAUGAAUGCGGAUCCCGACGUAAAAGCAGCGUUGGUGAAAUCUGCCCAUGUGCAUGUGGGAAUUUUUCUAGGAUUUGCUGUAUGA